AUGGAAAAUUCAAACCAUCUCGGUUCUCAGAUUAUUGAUUCUGCGUGUUCUCUAUCACUUCCUUCUGAGCCACCCGAUGUUGGAAACUGGUUUGGGAGCUAUACGUAUGAACCUCCUCUAUUGAGCACAAGUGAUUGUUUCGGAGAUUCGGAUCUUAAAAUUGUUGAAGAGUUUGUUAUCCAAGAAAGCAUCAAAGUAAAAGAAAAAAAUCGUGGUGAAUUUAAGAAAACUAGAAGCAAUGAAGAAUUGGGUUUUGUUGUUAAAGAACCAAACUCAACUGUGUUUACCGAUAAGCGAAAGCAACAGUCUCCAAGCAAGAUUCUGGAUUCUUCGUACACACUUUCGCAAGUUUCUGAGCCUCCUGAAAUUGGAAACUGGUUUUCAAGCUAUGUAUAUGAGUCUUUUGUGUUGGAUACAAAUGAUGAUGUUAAAAAUUCGAUUACUCAAGAAACUGAUUGUGAGAAAGAAGGGUCGUUUGUUAUGGGAGAGAGCCAAAGUGAACAAGAGAAUAUGGCUACAUUUAUAGAAACCAGAAGUUGUCAUGGAAUGGAUGUUGGCAAGGAGAUAGGAUCAAAUGGGUUUGUCAAGAGUAAUGAUUGUUUUGGAGAUGAUAAACACCAUGGCAAUGACAAGAUGUCGUGUUCUCUGGACUCACACUCUAUCUUUACAGAACCUCCGGAUUUAAAAAACUGGUUUUCAAACUAUGUAUAUGAAUCUCCUGUAUUGAGUACAAGUGAUGAAGUUGAAGAUUCUCUUGAUUUGGAAAGAGGGCCAGAGAUAGAUGAACUAGUUGCUGCAGAUAGCGAUGUAGAGAAUGAAGAGGGGGUUGUCAAGAAAGCGCAUUCAAAUGGAUUGGUAAAACAUAACCCUUCUUAUGAAGUUGUUGAGCAAGAAAACGAUUCUAUAAUUAAGGAAAUUGGUAGGACUGGAGGGAAGGAGGCCCUGUCUAAGAAAUUUGAAAAAAGCAAUGGCAUUAUUCCAUCUAAUGGUGUUGAACAAUUAAGCUUUAAUGAUGAAGGUUCCAUUUGUAAACCGGUGCAAGAACUUUCCCCAUAUGCCUGUUCUGUGUCAUUGAAUAUCAUCAGAAGUUCAAGCACUACCAGAAAGAAAUCCCCAACAAAGUUUUAUAAUAGAACUGACUUCACAGAGGAGGGCUUGGAAGCUAAUACCCAAAUCAAAGAUGUCAAUCUUUUAUCAACUACAUGUAAACCAGAGAUAUCUCCAGUUAGUGGAGGUUCAUUACGAAAACAAACUCAUGGAAGCAAUGACAAAGAAAAUGGUUUUGCUGCGACAAGGAAGAAUGGAUAUAUAAGAACAGAAAAUGAAGGUUUUUUGAGUAGGCCGCGAGGGAUUUUAGUAGGGUGUCCAAAGAAUAAGGGGACAGUUUCUUGUUUAGCUGGUGAAAAGAAUGAUGUUACUAAAAGAAAGGCCUUGAUGGAAACUACCAAUUUUCAACAUUCUGAUGCUUUGGAGAUAGCCGGGAAAUGGCGAUGUCCGCAAAAGAGUAAGCCAAAUCGUGGUCCUCCUGUGAAACAGCUUCGACUUGAACGAUGGUUUCAUAGAGCGUAAAAAGUUUAGUUAGAAGAAAACUUCGGAAACGGCCUAAGCCAUUAAUAAGUGAAUUCCGAUUUAGUUAGUGUAACAGGAAUGGGAUUAUUUGAAGUGUCAUGUUGUCAAAAAAUUGUGAAGUACUUUGUAAUUUUAUUACCUUUAAUUGAAUUACGAAUAAGUAGUAGCUUUUUG